AUGGUGGGUGGGGCGUUUUCUCUCCUGGCCACGCUUGCCAAUAUGUGUGUAUGCUCUGUACACAUGGUCUAUAGACGGAUCAGAUUGCCGAACAUUUGCGAGUCAGACAGUCGAAAGAAUAGACGGCUGCUACGCGGUCGGAUUUUGGGAGAUUUGUUUGUUGAUAGGCAUUCAAAUACUUGGUCGCCAUGCUUGUUGCUCGUGCCUGACCAGAUCAAUUCGACCGGCAUGACCACGUACCUUAAUCAAUCGAACCAUUCCGGUGGUUGUGAUUGGGCGGCGUGCUGGCGAUCCAGAUUCCGCGCCGACCCUGGCCCGGGCCCGUCAUUCCCGCCGAGCAGUGUGGAAUCCAAACAGCUCUACGGUAGCGUUGCAACAAAUCCAGCAUCCCAUGCUGCUGGUGUUCAGCAAUAAUGUCUUCAAUCGUCCCUGUUCCAUCCUCAUUUCAUCUUUUGUAGCUUUUUCUCAAAUCCCUGUUAUACUCGCGUUUGCGCUCCCUGUUGACGUCCCUCGUUCUAUCGUCAUUCGGGAGGUCAAACUUAGUCCAUUUUCUGAAGCCUUCACUUGUUAGACUGAUCUGAAAUUUAUUCACUUCACUCUCUCUCUCGCUGGCGCUCCAGCCGUAAGCGGAAGGGACCCAUUGCCGCUUAUAUUUUGGUUGACUGUGUCAACGUAGCCUUGUUGAUAUCUCUGA